CCGCCCUGGGGCCGGGCCGCGCUCCGCUCCCGCAUCCCCGGCUGCCGGCGGCGCGGAGCCGCGGGCGCUGGCGGCCGCGAUCCUUCCUCCUCCUCCUCCUCCUCCUCCUCCUCCUUUCCCUGCUCUUCUCUCCGCCGCCCGCGGAGCCUGGCCCCGGGGCCGGGGCGGGGCGCGGGGCGGGGCGGCGGGAUCCGCUGGCUCUGCCCGGCUCUGCCCGGCCCGGCCCGGCCCGGCAUGCUGCUGCGGGUGCGCACGGCCGUGGCGCACCUGGUACCGGGGCUGGGCCCGGGCCCCGGCGGCGGCGGCCCCGGUGCGCAGCCCCCCGCGGCGGCGGGCGAGCCCCGGCGCGGCCCCGGCCCCGGCCCCGGCCCCGGUCCCGGGGGGGGCCCGGCCUUCUGCCGCCCGGCCUUCCUGCAGCUGACGCCCGAGGAGCUGCGCCGCGCCGACGACCACACGGGCCGCGCCGUGCAGAGCCCCCGCGACGGCCGCCGCCGCCUGCCCUGGAGCACGGGCUACGCCGAGGUGAUAAAUGCUGGGAAGAGCCAGCACAACGAGGACCAGGCCUGCUGCGAGGUGGUGGUGGUGGAGAGACGGCCCAGCCCGCGGAGCCGUCUGCCGUCCCGGGAGGGCACCGGGGAGCCGGAGGGGGGCAGGAAGGGCUUUCAUUUCCACUACUGGGCCCUGUUCGAUGGCCACGCGGGCGGCGGUGCUGCUGUCCUGGCGUCCAAGAGGCUCCACCUGCACCUCUGCGAGCAGCUCCGGGACCUCGUGGACAUCUUGCAGGACCCCUCCCCGCCCCCCAUCUGCCUCCAGCGGGACGCGCGGGCCGGCCUGGCGGGGCCCAACCGGGCGCCCCUCGCGGGGGACGACGGCGAGGUCCCCGGCGACGCUCUGCCGCGCUUCCACCUGGAGAAAGCGGUCUCCCACGAAAGCCUGGUGAUCGGCGCCAUCGAGAACGCCUUCAAGCGCAUGGACGAGCAAAUGGAGCGCGAGCGGGCGGCCCAGCGCGUGUCCGGGGGCUGCUGCGCCCUGGCCGCCGUCUACCUCCUGGGCAAGUUCUACGUGGCCAACGCCGGCGACAGCAGGGCCAUUAUCAUCCGUAAUGGGGAAAUCAUUCCAAUGUCCAGGGAGUUUACUCCAGAGACAGAGAGGCAGAGGCUGCAGUUUUUAGGCUUCCUGAGGCCCGAGCUGCUGGGCAAGGAGUUCACGCACCUGGAGUUUCCCCGCAGGAUCCAGCCCAAGGAGCUGGGGAAGAAGAUGCUCUACAGAGACCAAAACAUGAACGGCUGGGCUUACAAAAAGAUAGAGGAGGAUGACCUGAAGUUCCCGCUUAUCUACGGGGAAGGUAAAAAGGCUCGGGUGAUGGCCACGAUUGGGGUCACGCGGGGCCUGGGAGACCACGACCUCAAGGUGUUCAGCUCCAACAUCCACAUCAAGCCUUUCCUGUCCUGCUUCCCCGAGGUCAGGGUUUACGACCUGACGCAGUACGAGCACUGCCCCGACGACGUUCUCGUCUUGGGCACCGACGGGCUCUGGGAUGUCACCACCGACGAGGAAGUGGCUGGCGUGGUGAUGGAGGUGCUGACGAGCUACGAGCCCAACGACCCGUGCAGGUACACCAUGGUGGCCCAGGAGCUGGUGGUGCGGUCCAGAGGGGUCCUGAAGGAGCGCGGCUGGCGGCUGGCCAACGACAAGCUGGGCUCCGGUGACGACAUCUCCGUCUUCGUGAUCCCUCUGGGCGGCCCCGGCAACUACACGUGAUGCCCCGAUACCCCGGGGCAGAGGGGCUCGCGUGCCUGGACGGACGCCAGCGGGACGCCAGCGCUGCCUCGGGGCCGCCUCUCCGGAGAGCACUUGCUUCCUGAGCCGACUGCAAGGAGAGUAAGAAACCUGGAGCCUCCGUGCCCCAGGCCCCUGCCCGGAGCAUCCCAGCCCCACGCCGCAUCCCAGCCCCACGCGCCGCCAAGCCCACGCGGAGGGAAGGAGAGGGGCUGGCGUACAGGGGCGGUUUUCAUGUUGCCAUUUUCUUGAUUGCUGUGAAAAGCCUGAACACUCCCCGGCUUCUCGGUGCGCCCCUUGCACCUCCGCUCUGGGCCGGGGCGCGCGGACCUCGUGAAGCGUGUGCUUGCUGCUGCAAACGUCUCCUCUCCCCACCACCCCUCGGAAUUGGCACCAUUAACACUGAAGCUGCUGCCGCUGCACCGGUGCCGUCGGGACGGGCGCCGCAUCAAGACCGCGCCGCUGCCAGGAGCAGAGCCCUGUCGGUCCGUCUCCCGCUGGCAGUGGGGGUGACGCCUAACUCGGCGGCCCUGAGGGGGAGAAACCAGGCUGUGGGUGGCCCUGGCAGCGGCUGAGCCCCGCGACCGACGUCUCGGCUUUGUGCUUGCCCUCCUUGGCUGUUCGGGCCUUCCUCCCAGGCUGUUCGCUGCGUCCUCCUCUCAGGUUUGGGGGAUGCGGCAGGUGCUCGGUCGCCGCAGCGCGCAGCACCCGCGAAGCUACGAGCCUGCUGCACCUGCACGGUGUUCGCCAGCCCCUGGCUGCGGGGGGGCUCAGCCCACCAAAUCCCCUCAUGCCUUGGGUCACCGCUGUGUUUCUAGAGCCAGUUAGUUAUUAUUAAUUAGCUGAGUGGGAGAAUGCCCAGCUUCAGAGGUUUGGUUUUGGGGGAGGGAGAGCAGGUAUGAAUCUGUCUGUGUCUCUGAGCAGUUCUGGUCUGGGCGCUGCUGAGCACCCGUCAUACAGAGCAGCCCUGUUCAGCCACGCUUAACAGCUCAGCCCCGCGGCACCCAUCUGCUUAGCCAGGGCUGGAGACCAACAACAAAAUCUGCUUGCCGGGAUUGAGAAGAAAUCCCUCCUUUUCCUUCCUAACCUCGAAGCCGGUGCUGAGCAGCAGCUGGUCUCCGCAGAACCCCCCAUUUUGUGCCGUGCUCUGCUCCGGGCUGGAAGGGGAGUUUCCUGGGCCCCGGCGGAGCAUCGCCCGCUCCCAGCGCGGGGGGGGCCCAUCCUGGCAGCCCGGGGCUGGCCGUGGCCGCUGUGCUGGAAACGCCCUGUGGUGCUGGCAGCUUCUCCGUGUCCCGCUGUCGCUGGGGGCAGCCAGCGCUUGUCAGAUGUCACCUCUGGUGGAUGUUGUUUGUCUCUCGUAAUCGGCAAGAUGUAAAUAAAUUGGGUGCACUUAAUGGGAA